UUCCAGACUCGACUCCGAUGAAAAUUUACUGAAAAUUGAUAAUAUCAAAAUGAAGAUGAUAAUUUCGUACGAUAAGAAUUCCACAUUGACGGAUGAAGACCUACACAUGCUGACGAUAUCAGACGACUGGAGUUUCAACCAAACAGCAGCAGACUUAGUGAGCAAUGCCUCGACUAGCUUGAUGCCCAACCGUCUAUUCUGGGUAGCUGAAUUGGGAAAGGCACAGAAGACGGCAAAAUGUCCCAUUAAUAAAGCCAAAAAGCUCCCCAGACAUGCCUGCCUCCCAAGUAACGUCGUAAGACACCAGAAGACGUGCGCUCUCGUGGGAAACAGCGGAAUCCUCCUCGGGAGCGACUGCGGUUCUGAGAUCGACUCUAAGGACUACGUGGUACGAAUGAAUCUGCCUCUUGUCAGAGGAUUCGAAAAAGAUGUCGGAAAACGCACUAGCAUGACUAUAAUGAACUCAGAAACAGUCAGGCGGUUGGCCAUCUCUGCUGGUUUGAAGAAUCGAAGCCAAGAUGCGUAUGAGAGUCGACUACGUGGCAUCGAAGGUUCCGUUCUAGUGAUACACAAGGCGUCGAUACGAGGGCUGCUGGAGGCUCUACGGCGCUAUGGUUCCCGGUCGUUCGUGGGAUUGGCUUCGAAAACGAUGCGGUUCGGAAAUGACAAAGAAUUUAAUGAGAUUAAUCGGAUCGCAUCAACAAUAGCCGGGCAGAGGUUCACCUUAUGGCCUACUAUGGGUCUCACCACCGUUAUAAUGGUCAACACAUUCUGCGACCGUCUCCACCUCUACGGCUUUUACCCGUAUCAGAAAGACUUGGAUAACAGACCCAUACCCUACCACUAUUUCCCGGACGAUCCUCUCAAACCCAUCAUACCUAACGUCAAUGGUCACCACAACAUGAGUUGGGAGUACAAUCUACACAGAGAACUGCACAGGCAGGGGGUCUACAGGAUGCAUCUUGGUCCAUGUCGUGUCAAGUGAUCAGAUGUUGUCGUUUUUGUGAUGUGCAAUAAAAGAUAAAGAUUCCAGUGAAAACAAGAAAUUGAAGUUAUACAUUUUCAGUAAGAAUAAGAAAUGAUAAAAAAGUUAUUUUACAUUGAAAACUAUUGCGUUAUGCAGUAAAAGAAGAAAUUGAAAAUAUACAUUAUACGCUGAAAAAAGAAAUUGAAGAUAUAUCGUAGAAAUA